CCAAUGUUUGCGAAACUUAAAAAGAAAAGCAGGGCAUCACAGCCCACGCCUCUCUUAAACCCUCUCUAAGCCCUCCCCUUAAAAAAACUUCAUCGGCGCCGUCUUUUAUCGCCUCUCCGUCACUCUAUCACCUCCCACUCUGUUGCGGCCGCUGCAAGAAUACUUCCAUGGCUGCCCUAGAGGGUGCAACUGUGUCAGUUGAUUCGGUAGCGUUUAGCUUCUUAACGGAUGAAGAGGUUCAUAAGCAUAGUUUUGUAAAGAUUACCAGCGCGAGAUUGCUUGAUACUUUGGACAAACCUGUGCCUGGUGGAUUAUAUGACCCAGCAAUGGGGCCUCUAGGGGAUGAGCCUUGCAAAACAUGCGGUCAACGUUCAACUAAUUGCACAGGUCAUUGUGGCCAUAUAGAUCUGAUUAGUCCAGUUUACAAUCCUCUGCUCUUUAAUUUUCUUCACAAACUUCUGCAAAGAACCUGUUUCUUCUGCUUUCAUUUUAGAGCAGAUAGCAACCAGGUUGAGAAAUUUGUUUCUCAAUUGGAACUCAUCAUAAAAGGUGAUGUUGUUGGGGCUAAAAGGUUGGAUUCUUUCUCGCCCAUUGAAGCCUCAUUGCCAGAAGACAGUGAUGGCAGCAGUGAAUCUUGUUCUACAAUUCAUUCAGGAGCACGGCAUCCAAACAAUGAGCAGUCAAAGCAGAGCGAAUGGACCUCCCUUCAGUUAUCUGAAGCAAUGUCUAUCUUAAAUAAUUUUCUGAAGUUGGAAUCAAAGAAGUGCAAGAACUGUUCAGCAUCAAAUCCUAAUAUUCGGAAGCCUACUUUUGGUUGGUUUCAUUGGGCAGGUUUAUCAAAUGCAGCUAUUAGAUCAAAUCUGAUUAAGCAGCAGACAAUUGAAGGGCCAUUUGGGGGUGCAUUUGAAGAGUUGAUAGAUGCAGAAGAUGCAACCAAAUCUCCUAGUAACAAAGAGUCUGCCACAAACAGGAAUUUGAAAGAACACCAGAAAUUGCAACAUCAGUUCACUAGCCAGAAAGAUGCUUUGUCCUCGCAGUUAUUACCAUCAGAAGCGAUGGAUAUUUUAAAGCUUUUGUGGAAAAAUGAAGCUCAACUCUGCUCAUUGAUGAGUGACAUUCAGCAGCAAGGAGUUGGAAAGAAAAAGGCAGGGCAUUCUAUGUUCUUUCUGAACACUGUUUUAGUGCCUCCAAUCAAAUUCAGGCCUCCGACCAAGGGAGGCGACUCUGUGAUGGAACAUCCUCUAUCUGUUUUGCUGAGCAAGGUGCUGGAAUUGAAUGGAUCUUUGGCAGAUGCGCAUAGAAGCAAUGAUUUCCCAUUAAUAGCUAGGCGGUGGUUGGAACUUCAGCAAUCUAUAAAUGUCUUGUUUGAUUCCAAUACUGCCAAGGGUCAGAAGGAUGUGGUUUCUGGGAUAUGCCAGAUACUUGAGAAAAAGGAGGGUAUGUUUCGGCAGAAAAUGAUGGGAAAAAGGGUUAAUUAUGCAUGCCGGUCUGUUAUUUCCCCAGAUCCUUAUUUAGAUGUUAACGAAAUUGGAAUUCCUCCGUGCUUUGCAGUGAAGUUAACAUAUCCUGAGAGAGUGACACCCUGGAAUGUUGCCAAAUUGAGAAAUGCUGUAAUCAAUGGCGCUGAAAGUCACCCUGGCGCUACACACUAUGUGGAUAAGCUGUCUACUACUAAGCUUCCACCGAAUCGAAAAAUGCGUGUUUCUGUAGCAAGGAAAUUAUCCGGGAGGAGUGUUGAUUAUGAAUAUGAAGGGAAAAUUGUAUAUCGCCAUUUGCAAGAUGGAGAUAUUGUGCUUGUCAAUCGACAGCCUACACUUCACAAACCAAGUAUAAUGGCACAUGUAGUUCGUGUAUUGAAGGGGGAGAAGACACUACGCAUGCACUAUGCAAAUUGCAGUACAUACAAUGCUGAUUUUGAUGGUGAUGAAAUGAAUGUUCAUUUCCCACAAGAUGAAGUUUCUCGAGCUGAAGGUUACAACAUUGUUAAUGCAAAUAAUCAAUAUGUCAGGCCUUCCAAUGGCGAACCAAUUAGAUCCUUGAUUCAGGAUCAUAUUAUUAGUGCUGUGCUUUUAACAAAGAAGGACACUUUUUUGACCGAGGAUGAAGUUUAUCAACUGCUUUAUAGUUCUGGUGUGUCAAAUGCUCGUCCAACAUCUUUCAGUGGCAAAGCUGGCCGGAAAGUUAUUUUCUUAAGUUAUGAAGAUGAGAUUGAAACCCUUGAUCCUGCAAUAAGGAAACCCAUUUAUCUGUGGUCAGGAAAACAGUUGAUUACUGCUGUGUUGAAUCACAUUACAAGGGGCCAUCCACCAUUCACUGUUGAGAAAGGUGGGAAGCUCUCGUAUGAUUUUUUUAAGACUAAAAUUAAGAAUGGCAAAUCUAGCAAUGGAGAAAAAGUUGGUGUAAGCAAACCAAUGAAGGAAAAAGAGUCUGGCAAAGUCAAUCCAAAAGAAAAUCAGCUUGAAGAUGAUAAGAUGAUUAUCUUUAGGAAUGUAUUGGUCCAAGGGGUGAUUGACAAGGCCCAGUUUGGUGAGUAUGGUUUGGUGCACACAGUUCAAGAAUUGUUUGGCGCAAAAGCAGCUGGCAGCCUGCUCUCUGUUUUCAGUCGUUUAUUCACUGCUUAUUUGCAGAUGCAUGGAUUCACAUGUGGAGUUGAUGAUCUUUUGAUAACGAAAAUUAAAGACGAUGAAAGGAAGAAGCAACUUGAAAACUGUGAAAAGUGCGGGGAACAAAUUCAUCGUAAAUUUAUCGGAAUCAAGGAUGAGAACAUUAAGAUAGAUCCAUUGGAAUUACAAUCAAAUAUUGAGAAAACUAUACGCAGUGAUGGUGAGUCUGCCUUGACAUAUCUGGAUAGGCAGAUGACAAAUGAACUAAAUUCCAAAACAAGCUCAGGAGUCAUCAAUGAGCUGUUGUCUGAAGGGUUGCUAAAACCCUCUGGAAAGAAUUGCAUAUCACUUAUGACUACAUCUGGGGCUAAAGGUAGCAAGGUCAAUUUCCAACAGAUAUCUUCUUUUCUAGGCCAACAGGAGUUGGAAGGUAAAAGAGUUCCUCGAAUGGUUUCUGGAAAGACCUUGCCCUGCUUUCAUCCAUGGGAUUGGGCAGCCCGUGCUGGAGGCUAUAUUAUUGAUCGUUUUCUCACCGGUCUGCGUCCUCAAGAAUAUUAUUUCCAUUGUAUGGCUGGUCGUGAAGGGUUGGUUGAUACAGCUGUCAAAACAUCUCGCAGUGGAUACCUCCAAAGAUGCCUGAUUAAAAAUCUUGAGUGCCUCAGAAUCGGCUAUGAUCAUACAGUUCGUGAUGCUGAUGGCUCAAUUGUUCAAUUUUACUAUGGAGAAGAUGGUGUGGAUGUUCAUCAAACGGGCUUUAUUGCUAAAUUUGAAGCCUUGGCAGCGAAUCGAGAAAUAAUAUACGAAAAAAGUGAUGAGCUUGGCACAUUUAAUGCUUAUAUUUCGGAAUUGCCUAAAGCUCUUAAAGAAAAAGCGGAAACAUUCCUACGUAAAAUCGCAAAGGAGCAGAGUUCUUUACAUGAUCCCACAAAGGAUCGGAGUUCUAAUUUAGUGGAACAUGAUUUCUAUAAGUUACUGAAGCAAAAGUUUUUCCUGAGUCUUGCACAACCAGGAGAACCAGUUGGUGUCCUUGCUGCUCAGUCUGUAGGAGAACCAUCUACACAGAUGACGCUGAACACUUUCCAUCUAGCCGGGCGUGGUGAAAUGAAUGUAACACUUGGAAUUCCACGUCUCCAAGAGAUUUUGAUGACUGCUUCAGCUGAUAUCAAGACUCCGAUAAUGACCUGCCCCUUGCAGGAAGGGAGAACUAAAGAGGAUGCUGAGCGCCUUUCUGAUAAGUUGAAGAAGGUCACCGUAGCCGAUAUAGUAGAGAGCAUGGAAGUAUCUGUCAUGCCAUUUGCUGUUCAGAAUGACGACAUUUGCAGAAUUUAUAAGCUUAAAAUGAAGCUUUAUACACCAGCGCACUACCCACAACAUGCUGAUAUAUCAGUAGAAAAUUGGGAAGAAACCCUUGAGGUGUUGUUUGUGAGAGAGUUGGAGGAUGCUAUACAAAAUCAUCUGGUUUUGCUUUCUAAAAUUAGCGGCAUUAAGAAUUUUUUGAAGGAAUCACAUUCAGGGACGCCAAUUGAAGCAGAAGAAGAUGUUUCUGGCAACAUAUCACGCGAGGGUGAAAACGAUGAUGAUAGUGAUGAUGAAGAAGGGGAAGAUGCUGAUGAUCUAGGUUUAGAUGUGCAGAAAAGAAAACAGCAAGUUACAGAUGAGAUGGAUUAUGAUGAUGGCUCUGAGGGGGUACUGAAUGAAGAUGAAGGGGAUUUAUCAGGAAGCCAGGCUCCAUCUGGAUCUGAAAGUGAUACUGAACCGGCUGAUAAAGAAAGUGAGAUCAGUAAUACUGAUAUGGUUGACUAUGACAGUGAAUAUUUUGAAAAGCCAACACAUCUUGGAAAUUACUCUAAGCCAAAGUCAAGGAAGAAAACCUCAGAAAGUUCAUCACAAGUCGAAAUGCAUUCUAAGCUAAAGUCAACAGAAAAGAAGAAACAAAAGGCCAAGAGAAAGAAAGUUAGAUCGAAAUUAGUUAAAAAGGACUUUGAUAGAUCAAUCUUUGUGGAAGCCAAGGGAUUGCACUUUGAAAUCCAUCUUAAAUUCACCAAUGAACCUCAUAUUUUACUGGCCGAGAUUGCUCAGAAGACAGCCAAGAAGGUCUGUAUCCAGAAUCCCGGGAAGGUUCAACGGUGUCAAGUGACUGAUUGCAAAGAAAAUCAAGUGAUUUACUAUGGGAAAGACCCCAAGAGAAGAAUUGAUAUUGAACCUGGGGAAAAACAAAAAAUCCCAGCGCUUCAUACAAUUGGAGUGGACUUCAAUACAUUUUGGAAAAUGCAAGAUCACCUUGAUGUUAGGUAUAUGUAUUCAAAUAGCAUUCAUGGUAUGCUGAAAGCUUAUGGAGUAGAGGCCGCAAGAGAGACAAUCAUUAGGGAGAUAAAGCACGUGUUCAAUUCUUAUGGAAUAUCUGUUAAUACACGGCAUUUGUCUCUUAUUGCUGAUUAUAUGACCCAUACCGGUGAGUACCGCCCGAUGAGUCGUAUUGGGGGCAUAUCAGAGUCGAUAUCACCUUUAAGUAAAAUGUCUUUUGAGACAGCGUCCAAAUUCAUAGUUGAAGCAGCAUUGCACGGGGAGGUUGAUAAUUUGGAAGCUCCAUCUGCUAGGGUUUGUCUUGGAUUGCCAGUGAAAAUGGGUACUGGAUCUUUUGAUUUGAUGCAGAAACUGGAAAUUUGAUCCCCUGUAAUUUUUAAUUUUUUUUUCACCUGUUAAAUCAUACUGAAGGGGGGUUCUAAGGCGAUUCCUAGUUAAUUAUUCUGAUGAAUGUUUCUAGUCUAUCACGCGUCUUAUUUUUUCUUUUUCUUGGAAAUUCCUUUCAUUGUUGUUUUUUUUUUUUGAAGUUGUCUUUUUCCUUGUAACAUAGGUGUAAGCAAAUCAUAUUUUUGUUUAGAUAAGAGGGGUAAAGAGAUGUUUUUUUUCGAUGACAUGAGAGAUUAUAUUAAUUAUUAUCGUUUUGAAUUUAUAGUUUU